AUGUCGUUUUUAUUGCCAUGGAAAUACACAGAGGAAAAAGCCACCUUGAAGAGGACAGCAACAUUUUUGAGGGGCUACAUGAAAGACCAUCUGAAAGACAGAUUUGAGGCGAUAUCUCGGGAUCAAGAAAAAGACAAAACCAAUGAUAUACUGUCAUACAUUGUGAAAGGAAAUGUUUUUUCAGACGAGCUUACCAUUGAAGAUCUGCUAGACGAUUUCUUUGUAUUCCUCAUUGCGGGAAUGGAAACUACUGCCAUCACCAUGACAUGCUUCAUUUGGGAGAUUCUUAAAAAACCAACAAUUACCCAAGACCUAAAGAACGAAAUUAAAUCAGUGCUGAAUGGAAAAGAUGAACUCGAUUUUGAUGAUCUGAAUGGACUUGUGUACAUGGAGCAGUGGCCACGGGUUUGCAUUGGCAAGCAUUUUGCAAUAAUGGAGAUGAAGGUACUGCUGACCAAACUGCUUCAUAAUUUACAAAUAGCUGAUGCUAGGCCAGAAGAGAAACAUUUGGAAAAAGAGACAGAUUUAACAGUUAAGCCAAAGAAUGGAGUCUUCAUCACAGUUGCUUAG